AUGGCAAUGGUAGUUAGCAGCUGGCGAGAUCCGCAGGAAGACGUGGCCGGGGGCACCCCGAGCGGCCCCAACCCCGCAGCGCAGCCGGCUCGGGAGCAGCCCCCCCAGCAGCAAGGGGGCUCGGCCGCUCCGCACACCCCGCAGACCCCCAGCCAGCCGGGACCCCCCUCCACGCCGGGCACGGCCGGGGACAAGGGCCCGGGCCAGCAGGGCUCGGGGCAGAGCCAGCAGCACAUCGAGUGCGUGGUGUGCGGGGACAAGUCCAGCGGCAAGCACUACGGCCAGUUCACCUGCGAGGGCUGCAAAAGUUUCUUCAAGAGGAGCGUCCGCAGGAACUUAACUUACACAUGCCGUGCCAACAGGAACUGUCCCAUCGACCAGCACCACCGCAACCAGUGCCAGUACUGCCGCCUCAAGAAGUGCCUCAAAGUGGGCAUGAGGCGGGAAGCGGUUCAGCGAGGAAGAAUGCCGCCCACCCAGCCCAACCCCGGCCAGUACGCCCUGACCAACGGGGACCCCCUGAACGGGCACUGCUAUCUCUCGGGAUACAUCUCCCUGCUGCUGCGGGCCGAGCCCUACCCCACCUCCCGCUACGGCAGCCAGUGCAUGCAGCCCAACAACAUCAUGGGCAUCGAGAACAUCUGCGAGCUGGCCGCCCGCCUGCUCUUCAGCGCCGUCGAGUGGGCCCGCAACAUCCCGUUCUUCCCCGACCUGCAGAUCACAGACCAGGUGGCCCUGCUGCGGCUCACCUGGAGCGAGCUCUUCGUGCUGAACGCGGCGCAGUGCUCCAUGCCCCUACACGUGGCCCCGCUGCUGGCCGCCGCCGGCCUCCACGCCUCCCCGAUGUCCGCCGACCGUGUCGUCGCCUUCAUGGACCACAUCCGCAUCUUCCAGGAGCAGGUGGAGAAGCUCAAGGCGCUGCACGUCGACUCGGCCGAGUACAGCUGCCUCAAAGCCAUCGUCCUCUUCACCUCAGACGCCUGCGGGCUGUCAGAUGCGGCGCACAUCGAGAGCCUGCAGGAGAAGUCGCAGUGCGCGCUGGAGGAGUACGUGCGGAGCCAGUACCCCAACCAGCCCAGCCGCUUCGGCAAGCUGCUGCUGCGGCUGCCCUCGCUGCGCACCGUCUCCUCCUCCGUCAUCGAGCAGCUCUUCUUCGUCCGCUUGGUAGGUAAAACCCCCAUCGAGACCCUCAUCAGGGAUAUGCUACUGUCGGGGAGCAGCUUCAACUGGCCUUACAUGUCCAUCCAGUGCUCCUAGAGCCCGGCCCGCACCCCCGGCAGAGACGCUGCGCGGCGGCGGAGGCGGGAGCCCUCGCACCGAGGGGCAAUCGGGGUGCGGGGGGGGCCCCGGGAGGCGGACACUAAAACAAAAGAAAAGGCCCGAGUGGGAUCAGAGGUGCGGCCGCGGUUGGGAGAAGGACGGACCUUGGCGUCCGUAGAAGUUGUGGUGCUUUGGUUGGUUUUUGGUUUGGUCGGUUUUACUUUAUUUUUUUAUUUUUUUUCCUUUUGGAGAGGAGGAAAAAAAAAAAAAAAGAUGAUGACAAUAAUAAAAGACAAAAAAGCAAAAAAAAAUUAAAAAAUACAAAAAAAAUAUGAGUAUUGAGGGGAUAUUAAUCAAACCUGAAGGGGAUACUGGAUCUUCCAGGAUUUAUUGUGGACUGUUGUUGAUAUAUGCUGUACAGUAACAAACAAAACAAAAUGCAUUGAAACUGAACUGAACCUUGUGUAGAAUGAAAAACAAAGAAACAAGCAAACAAACAAAAUUCCACGCGCAAACACUUACCACGAGCAUUGUUAUUCAUUUUGUAAAAUAUUAGUCUUUAUUUUCAUUUUUUGUAAAACUUAAAACAUCGUAUGCGCAUAAAGGAAAAACAAAAGAAACAAAAAUUAGGGGAAAAUAACAUUUUCCAAAUAAUUAUAAAAAAAAAAAUUGUCCUGUGUCUAUGUAUCUAUAUCUGUUUUGUAUUUUUUUCUGGUUCCAAACCAGGUUUCCUGUGAUUCUAUACUAAUAAUUUUUGA